GCAGAGCAGAGCAUCCUCGAGUGUGCCGCGCGUGAAUUUCCAUUUUGGUUGUCUGGACGUUUCCGGAUUUGAAGCGAGGCGCGCGAUGAGCGCAACCGCGGGUGCCUCACUGGACUUGGUGCUGCGGCGGUGAGACGCGCUCGCCAUGAUUCGGGGAAGCCUUUUGCCGCUUUUGCUGUCGUGCGCGCUGGCCAACAGGACUUCGGAGCUCGAGUCGGAGUCGGUGCCCUUCUUCCACGGCCACGUGUUCGAGAACGCGUCGCCGGGCUCCCGGGUCAACGGGCUGAGCGUGCCGCUGCGGAGGUUGAACGCGCGGCGGCUGUGCUCGGAGCUCGCCGCCCAGCCCCACUGGAGGCUCCUGGGCGACGGCGGCGACAGGUUCCGCGUCCUGGCGCACCACAACCGCGGCCACAUCCUGCUCAGGACCUGCGGGGUUCUGGACCGCGAGGAGCGGGCCGAGUACGCGCUGGGGGUCGGCGCGUGCUGCGGCGGGCCGUGCGCGGAGGUGGCGACAGUCAAAGUGGACGUGCUGGACAUCAACGACCACCGGCCCGCCUUCCGGGGCACCGACGUCAGGCUCAGCCUGGACGACGCCACCCCGCUGCGCACGGUGGUCUACACGGUGGCGGCGCGGGACGAGGACAGCGGAAAGAACGCGGAGCUCUUCUACUUCGCCGCGCCCAAGAACGGCACUUUCUACGUGGUGCCCAAAAGCGGCGACGUCCUCCUGGUGGACUCCAUCCUGGGCCGGGACGGACCCAUCAAGUUCACCGUCUUCGCCCGGGACCGAGGCUGGCCGCCCCUCACCAGCGACGGCAUCGGCGUGGAAGUCAACCCGCGCCAGUGGCUCUCGGGCACGCGAGAAAAAACACCCUCCCGGACGUCCCGAUCCGUCCGGGACGCGGAGGGGAGCCCGCUUGUCGUCACCGUGUCCGAGGACGCGGGCAUCGGCUCGGUGGUGAUGAACCUGAACCCGGUGCGCUUCCAGGCGGCGGCGUUCGAGCUGGUGGAGCCCGACGCCGAGAGCUCGCCGGUCAGCGUGGCUCGGGACGCGGGGGAUAUUGUCAUCGCGCGCCGGCUGGACAGAGAGACGGAGCCGCGGGUGGAGAUCAGCGUCAGGGUGCGCGACAAACGAGGUCCCGACUGGUACCUGGUCCGAGUGGAAUUAACGGUGACCGACGUGAACGACAAUGUUCCCGAGUGGCGCAUGGUCCCGACGCCGUACCUGGCCGUGGUGUCGCCCGACGCCUCGGCCGGCUCUCUGGUCUACCAGCUGCACGCCCAGGACGACGACGAGGGGCUCAACGGCGACGUGGAGUUUUUCCUGGCCGACGGUGGGGACGGUCGCUUCGAGGUGGACCGUAAGAGCGGUCACGUGCGGACCACCGGGCUUCCGCUGCAGCGCGACCGCGAGUACCUGCUGACCGCGGUGGCCGCCGACCUUCUGGGGAGCCGCAGCGUCCCGGCCGUGGUGUCGGUGGUGGCGGGAGCCAGGCCGCCCCAGUUCGCCAACGCCUCCUUCACCAUCGCCAUACCGGAGAACACGCUCGAGGGGCAGCCCUUCCUGGCGACGACGGCCGUCUCCUUCCAGAAGCAGCCGAUGGGCUACAGCCUGCUGAUCAACCCCAGCAGCCUGUUCUCCAUCUCGCCCGAGGACGGCCAAAUCAGCCUGACCCGGCCCGUCGACUACGAGAGCGACCAGCGCCGCUACCUGCUGCUGGUUCGAGCCGGCGAGGGCCAGGACGGCAUGAGCAGCGCCGCGGAGGUGCGAGUCAUCAUCGUGGACGAGAACGACUGCGUUCCCGAGUUCCUGCAGUCCAUCUACAGCAAGGACGGCGUUCCCGAAACGGUCAUGACGGCCACGUCGCUCCUCCAAGUUUCCGCCAGCGACUGCGACUCUGAGAAAAAUGCCGAGUUGACGUACUACACGCUGAGUCCCGACUUCACCGUGUCCCCGCACGGCACCAUCUUCCCGGCCGGACCGCUGGACUACGAGAGGUCCAACCAUCUGUACGAGUUUGUCGUGAUGGCGGUGGACAAGGGAGCGGUGCCGCGCACUGGCACAGCCACCGUGAGGGUGCGCAUGGACAACGUCAACGACGAGCCGCCCGAGUUCUCGCAGAACGUCUACCGGACGUUCGUGUCUGAGGACGCCGGCCCCAACACGUUAGUGGCCACCGUGUUGGCCAAAGAUCCCGACGGAGACGGUAUCACGUACCGCAUCGCCUCGGGCAACGAGGAGGGCAACUUCGUCAUCGACAGCCAGAAAGGUUUGAUCCGUCUCCGCUCCAACCCUCCGCCUCACCUCCAGGGCGUGGAGUACAUCCUCAACGUGACGGCGACGGACGACAACGCCUCGGGCGGCCCUCGUUCCCUGUCGUCCACGGCGCAGGUGGUGGUCGGCGUGGACGACGUCAACAACAACAAGCCCGUCUUCGAGAAGUGCCAACAGUACCGGGAAAAGACGACGGUUCUGGAGAAUCAGCCGGCCGGGACGUUCGUGCUGAAGGUUCACGCCGUGGAUGCCGACGAGGGUUCCAAUGGCAAGGUCACAUAUGGCUUCAUGCACAAAGACUCCACAGUGCCCGCCUUCAGGGUGGAUCCUGACACAGGGACGAUUGUCACGGCCAGGAAGUUUGAUCGCGAACGCCAGCGGGAGUACGCGGUGACGGUGACGGCCACCGACCAGGCCAACGACCCGCUGAUUGGCAUCUGCCAGCUCAACAUCCUCAUCGUGGACCAGAACGAUAACAGCCCCAAGUUUGAGAACAUCCGCUAUGAGUAUUUCCUCCGGGAAGACACGAUGAUCGGGACCAGUUUCCUGCGAGUGGCGGCCCACGACGACGACUUUGGGACCAAUGCCGCCGUCACGUACUCCGUGUCCAGCGAGCAACCGGAGUACCUCAGGGUCAACCCGCUGACCGGCUGGGUGUUCGUCAACCAGCCCAUCUCGCAGAGGACCUACAUCACCCGGGAGAUCGUGGCCACGGACGGCGGGAACCGGAGCAGCUCGGUGGAGCUGGCGGUCACCAUCACCAAUGUGAAAAACCAGCCGCCGCAGUGGGAGAAGGAAAGCUACGGCGUGGUCAUACCGGAGAACACGGUGCGGGACACGCCCAUCGUGACCAUCAAAGCCACCUCCCCACUGGGGGACCCCAGGGUGACGUACAAUCUGGAGGACGGCAUGGUCCCAGAGACCAACAUGCCCGUCCGCUUCUAUUUGACGCCCAACCGGGAAGACGGCUCGGCCUCCAUCCUUGUGGCGGAGCCUCUGGACUACGAGACCACCCGCAACUUCAUGCUGAGGGUCCGAGCCCAGAACGUGGCAGCCGUCCCGUUGGCUGCCUUUACCGCGGUCUACGUCAACAUCACAGAUGUGAAUGACAACGUCCCCUUUUUUACCUCCUCCAUCUAUGAGGCCUCAGUCACAGAGGGUGCCCAAUCAGGAACUUUGGUGUUUCAGGUGUCCGCCAAUGACAUGGACUUGGACCUCAAUGGGAAGAUCGCCUACUCGCUGCUUGAGGAUCGUAGCGGGGACCACCAGUAUUUCCGCAUCGACCCCGAACUGGGUUUCAUCUACACUCAGACCGUUUUUGAUCGCGAGACCAAAAGUUCGUACCUGUUGGAGGUCCAAUCGGUGGACGGCUGGGAGUCUGCGAGGCCCGGCAAACACGGACAGCCCAACUCCGACACGGCGUACGUCCGCGUGUUCAUCAGCGACGUCAACGACAACAAGCCGGCGUUCGCCCAGAUCACGUACGACGUGGACGCAGACGAGGACGCCGACGUGGGCUUUGCUGUCCUCACCGUCAGUGCCAACGACGGCGACGAAGGCGGGAAUGCCAAACUGCGCUACCAGAUCACGUCUGGAAACACGGGAGGCGUGUUUGACGUGGAACCGGAAGUGGGGACCAUCUUCGUCGCUCAACCUUUGGACUACGAGCAGAACAAAAGGUACAAGCUGCACGUUCUGGCUUCCGACGGCAAGUGGGAGGACUACACCACGGUGUCAGUGAACGUGGUCAACAAGAACGACGAAGCGCCCGUGUUCACCGUCAACGAAUACUACGGCAGCGUGACAGAGGAACUGGACGGUUCGCCCGUCUUUGUCUUACAGGUGACAGCGUCCGACCCGGACAAGGAUGCGGACCAGGAGGCUCUCCGCUACUCCCUUCACGGCCAGGGCGCCGAGAGCGAGUUCAUCAUCGACGAGGUGACGGGUAAGAUCUACGCCCAGAGGACACUGAACCGCGAGGAGCGCGCCGUGUGGCGUUUCGUGGUGCUGGCCACGGACGAGGGCGGCGAGGGCCUGACGGGCUUCACCGACGUCAUCAUCAACGUGUGGGACAUCAACGACAACGCGCCCGUCUUCACCUGCGCGCCCAGUUGCCACGGCGACGUGGCCGAGAACUCACCGGCCGGCACGUCGGUGAUGGAGAUGACGGCCACCGACCUGGACGACGCGGCCGUGGGCCAGAACGCGGUCCUGUCCUACAGGAUCGUGGGCGGCUCGGACGAGGCGGGGGGCGUCCCCGCACUCUCCGAGAUGUUCGCCAUCAACCACGCCACAGGAACCAUCGCGGUGGCCAUGGGCGGCCUGGACCGGGAGAAGGUGGAGUCCUACAUGCUGGUGGUGGAGGCCAGGGACGGCGGAGGCAUGGUGGGAACGGCCACGGCAACCGUUCAGAUCACGGACGUCAACGACCACGCGCCCAGAUUCCUCGAACACGUCUGCCUGGCCAGGAUCUCGGAAAACGCAGAGCCCAACGCUGAGAUCCUGGAGCUGAGGGCAGAGGAUCGCGACACGGGCGAAAACGGCCAGCUGACCUUCAGCGUGGUGGCCGGAGACCAGGAGCAAAAGUUCUACGUGGUCAGCAACAAACUGGAGCAGCGAGGAAGCCUCCGACUCAAGAAACGACUCGACUACGAGAAACACAGCGAGCAGCGAUUCAACCUCACCGUCAAGGUUGAGGACUUGGACUUCUCCAGCCUGCUUCACUGCGCGGUGGAGGUGGACGACUAUAACGACCACGCCCCGGUCUUCAUCCCCCACUUCCUGUCUCUGGGCCCCCUGUCAGAGGACGUCCCCGCGGGGACCAGCGUGGCCCACCUGGUAGCCAGCGACUCGGACUCAGGCCAGAACCGCCAGCUGGUCUACAGCCUGUCCCGGGACUCGGACCCGGAGGGGCUCUUCGCCGUGGACCAAUCGGGCGUCCUGACGGUGGCCCGGCCUCUGGACCGGGAGAGGACGGCGCAGCACCGCCUGGUGGUCGUCGCCACGGACCAGGGCGCGCCCGCCUUGUCGGGUAGCGCCACCGUGGAGCUCCCCCUGCUGGAUGUCAACGAUAACGGGCCGCAGUUUGAAGUUGCGUACGAUCCGGUGGUCUUUGAGAACCUUCCGGGACCUCAGGUUGUAAGCAUGAACCAGACAUCCACGCUGGUCCGAGUGGUGGACCGCGACUCCCCGGAGAACGGCGCACCGUUCCGUUUUGCCGUCCCCGACGACUAUCGCCACGGCAACGACUUCUACCUGAAGGACAACCUGAACGGGACGGCCACGCUGACGGCGCUGCGAACGUUCGACCGCGAGCGUCAGAAGGAGUUCCUGAUCCCCGUGGUGAUGAGCGACAGCGGCCGUCCCGCCAAUACGGUCACUGGCACACUGACCGUCACCAUCGGCGACUACAAUGACCACGCGCACGUUGGCGGGGAGAAGACCAUCUUCAUCAACACGCACAGAGGCCGCAUGCCCACCACCGUUUUGGGGAAAGUGUACGCGCCCGACCCGGACGACUGGGACAACAAGACGUACGUCUUCGAGGGUCACGUACCCGUCUACUUCAUCCUGAACAAGCGCACGGGCUUCGUGGUCAUCAAGGAGAAGGCUCCGUCCGGCGACUACCACUUCCUGGUGCGCGUGGCGGACGGCGUCUGGCCCGACGCCGUUUCCGCGGUAACGGUGCACGUUCGAGAGCUGCCUGAUGAGGCCGUGCACAACUCAGCGUCGCUCCGCCUCGCAGACAUGACGGCCAAGGAGUUCAUGGAGCCGAGGGGCAAGCAGCGCAGCCGCUUCGAGCUCCUCUCCGACUUCCUGUCGGAGAUGUUGUCGGUGUCGCCGUCCGACGUCAACGUGUUCGGCCUGAGCGACGUCUCCGGCCGCAUGAUGGACGUGCGCUUCGCCGUGCGCGCCGGCAACGCCGCCUUCCUGCGGCCCGAGAAGAUACACGGUUACCUGGCGGCGCACAAACAGAAGCUUCAGUCCUUCCUGCAGGUCCGAGUCUAUCAGGUGCGCGUGGACGAGUGCCCGCAGUCCGAGUGCGGCGGGGCGGGAGGCUGCUCCAGCGUAGUCGACGUCCGGGACGCGGCCACCGUGGUGGACUGCGGCUCCAGGAGUUUGGUGUCCGUCACGGUGGAGGCGGUCGCCGUCUGCGCCUGCCCUGGGCGCCAGCAGACGCAUCAGCCCUGUGACGCUUACCCCAGGAACCCGUGCUUCAACGGAGGCGUGUGUGUGGACACGCAGCAUGGCUACAGGUGCCAGUGCCCGGCCCAGUUGGAGGGUCCCGAGUGCCAGCAGAACAAGCACAGUUUCCGCGGCAACGGCUACGCAUGGUUCCCGCCCAUGACACCGUGCUUCGAGAGCCACGUCUCGCUGGAGUUCAUCACCGAGGUGCCCGACGGCCUGCUGCUCUACAGUGGGCCCCUGGCACAGCUGCAGGCCUGGGACCACGAGGACUUCAUGGCCCUAGAGCUAAUAGAUGGGACCCCCACGCUUAAAAUCAACCACGGCUCCGGCACGGUGGUGCUACAGUUGCCUGGCAACGUCAACGUGGCCGACAGGCGCUGGCAUCGGCUGGACAUCCGCAGCAACAGCAAGGAAGUGCGCUUGACGCUGGAUCGCUGCUCGGGGGCGGCUGUCAUGGAGAUGGAGGGUCUGGGAAGCUGGCUGACCACCGAGGACCACUCGUCCUGCGAAGCGACCGGCACCACGCCCAACACGGACCGGUACCUGAACACAAGUCAAGUCUUGCAGCUGGGCGGAGUCAACGAGGACAUUCCGUACAUUUACCCUCAGCUGCAACACAAACACUUCACGGGAUGUAUCCGCAACCUCGUCGUGGACAGCAAGCUGUACGAUCUGAGCUCCCCGGCCGACUCGCAGUCCAGCUCACCGGGCUGCCAGACCACCGACGGCAGCUGUGUCAACAUGGGCUACCCGUCGUGCGGACGCCACGGUCGCUGCCAUGGCGAGUGGGGCUCCUUUAGCUGCCAGUGUGUGCCCGGAUACAGUGGGCAGCAGUGUGAAGAGGAGGUUCCGGAGUACUCCUUCGAGGGCCACAGUCACGUGCGCUACCAGCUGGCCUCGCCGUUGCCGGCCCGUAGGACGGCGGUGCAGAUCCUGGUUCGAACCCGCAAGCACAGCAGCACCGUGCUCAGUCUGAGCUCCAGAGAGCAGAGCGAGUACCUGAGACUGGAGAUUUGUCAGGGCCUGCUGGGCGUGUUCUACAACCUUGGCGACGGCGACCACAACCUGAGCUUGCAGACGUACCGCCUGGACAACGGCGACUGGCACCAGGUCUCGCUGGAGCGUCACGACAACGAGAUGACGCUGCGGCUGGACGGCGGCGGCGGCCGGCGGGAGGUCACGGGGGCGUCGGGGCGCAGCCGGGAGAUCGUCAUCGACCCCACGCUGGUCAUGCUGGGCAACACGUUCCCGUCGACCCUCAACAAAAGCUUCCAGGGCUGCAUGAGGGAUCUGCGGCUGAACGGCCGCUACCUACCGAUGGACAGCCAGACGGCGCCGGAGGGCGUCUCGCAAAUCAGCGCCCAGGCCCUCAACCCGGGGUGCCCCUCCGACUCGUGCAGGAGGAACCAGUGCAGCCCCCCCUUCACCUGCGUGGACCUGUGGCGAGUGCACGAAUGCAGAUGUCCUCCGGGCCACAUGAUCCGCGUGAACGGCAGCAGGAAGUCCUGCGUGUACACUUUGUGCGCCACGCGUCCGUGCCACCGCGGCACGUGCGUGGCGCAGUCGCCGUCCACGUUCACCUGCCAUUGCCCCGACGGCCACCGGGGGCGCCUGUGCGAGACCGCGCUGGCCGUGUACAGCGACGACGUCGGACUCAGCUUCAGCUCGCUCUUCGCCAUCUGCAUCUGCUUCAUGGCCCUGCUCGCGCUGCUGCUGGCCAUUUUCCUGUACACGCGCUGGAGGAGCUACAAGGGCCUGAAGGAGGGCGUGUACCACGUGUCGGCGCACCACGACGGCUGGGAGGACGUCCGGGAGAACGUCCUCAACUACGACGAGGAGGGCGGCGGAGAGGAGGACCAGAAUGCGUACGACAUGGCCGAGCUCCAGAAGUCGCUUCAGCCCAGCCCGGCGCAGUCGUUGCAGUACUGCCGUUCCCGGGUGCUGCACCACCAAAAGCCGCCCCACCACCACCAGCACCUCCUCCACCAGGCCCCGCCCACCCCGGCCUCCGCCCAGCCGCCGGACCCCCUCGGCCGGACGGCCGGCUCCGGCACGCCGCCCCCGUCGGCGUCCUCGUCCGCCUCGGGGACGGCCCGCGGCCCGCGACGGGACGUGCCGCCUGCCCGCUCGCCGGCCCGGGGGCAGGCCGGGCCCCCCCGGCCGGCCCGCCGCUCGCUCUCCUUCUCCAGCCAGGAUCUGGCCCGCUACCUGUGCGAGAUCAUCCGCGACGCCGACCGGCACCCGGACACGGGGCCCUUCGACUCCCUGCAGGUGUUCUCCACCGAGGGCGGCGGCUCCCCGGCGGGCUCUCUCAGCUCCUUCAGCUCGGCGGGCUCGGACGCCGGGGACGGGGCUGCGGCGGACGCCCGGCGCGAGGAGACGCUCGGGGAGUGGGGGCCGCGCUUCGAGAAGCUGAGGGCGCUGUACGAGCGGGCCGAGGCCAGCGACCUUUGAACUCCGGGCGAGCGGGACCCUCUCGAGGAGCGGCGGCCUCCCUACAAACACGCACGCGCUCACGCACACGUUGACUC